GUCAAUGAUCUGUUUUUUUAUUUUGUGAAAUGUGCCAUACGAUGUUACUUAAAAUUGCAAUUUUUGUAGCUGUGAUACAUUGUUUGUCAGCCGAUAACAAAUGUGUACCCCGAAGUUUUGGCCACAGUAGCACGGUAUGUGUUUGCAACUCCGACAGCUGUCACAUGCUGGAAUCUAUAGAAACUUUACCGACCGGUAACUACGUAAAAUAUACAACAAACCAAGCAGGACUACGGUUUGUAAAGGAGAAGGGUGUAUUGGAGUCGAAAAUUAACAAUGCAGAAAAUCUUAUUGAAAUCGGAACUCAAACGUAUCAAGAAAUUGUUGGUUUCGGUGGUGCUUUUACAGAUGCGACUGGUAUUAAUAUUCGAUCUUUAAGUGAGGAUUUACAAGAUUUGAUUUUAAGGUCCUAUUUUUCGGAGGAGGGAAAUGAGUAUAGAUUAGGAAGAGUACCAAUAGGAGGUUCAGAUUUUUCCCUUAAUCCUUAUUCUUAUUGCGAUACAAAGGAUAAUCAAACCGAUCCUGAAUUUAAAAAUUUUAAACUAGCAAAUGAAGACUAUGAAUUUAAGCUUCCGUUUAUACACACAGCCAAAGAACUAUCAAACAACAAUCUUGAACUCAUUGCUUCUCUUUGGAUAGCCCCAGGUUGGAUGAAAACAGAUCCUGAAUUUACUGCUAGCUACUCUUUUAUUAAAAGUGAUAUGUACCAAGUGUAUGCUGACUACUAUAUUAAAUUUUUGGAUGCGUACAAAAACGAAAACGUCAGUUUCUGGGGAAUCACCACUGGUAACGAACCCAUGACAGCAUUUAUGCCCAAGCCGAUCCCAAGUGUCGGAUGGUUCCCAGAAAGUCAAGGUCGAUGGAUUAAGGAAAACUUUGGACCAACACUUAGAAACUCUGAGUACAAAGAUAUAAAAAUUAUUGGUCAUGACGACAGUACUCUUUUAGUACCUUUGAUACUAGAAUUGAUGUUUCACGAUGAGGAUGUGAAGCCAUAUAUAGACGGCAUUGGCUUACAUUGGUAUUGGGAUUUUCUUGUUGGUCAGGAGAGAGUAAAUGAAACACAUAAUGAAUAUCCAGAUAAAUUUAUAUUAAUUACCGAGGCUUGUAAUAGCUAUAUUCUUCAACACGUGUUUUUAGGAGAAUGGGAAGGAGCUGAACGUUAUGCAGGUGAUAUUAUCGAGAAUAUAAAUAACUGGGCCAGCGGCUGGAUCGAUUGGAAUAUGGCUUUAGACAUGGAAGGAGGCCCAACAUUUAUUAAAAACUAUGUAGACGCUCCUAUAAUUGUUAAUUCUACCGCAAAUGAGUUUUAUAAGCAACCUAGUUAUUAUGCAUUAAGUCACGUAUCCAAAUUUGCUCCAAAAGGUACAGUCCGUCUACAAGUUACCAGUGACAUCAGCGGUGUGGGAGUAACCGCACUUAUGAGACCAGAUGGAAGCGUUGCCGUUAUUAUAUUAAAUACGAAUUUUGAAGAAGUAGAAAUAACCAUAAGAGACACCAUUGGAGAUAUAAGUUUAAAAUUAACAGCAAAGUCAAUUACAUCAGUAGUAUAUUUAAGAUAAAACCAAUUCAUUUGUAAAACUUAUUUGAAUAUACAUAUUCCAAUCAU